AUGCUCAAUCGACCCCGCUGUUGGGUUAUUAGACGUUUUGCAAGUCAACAUGCCUAUCAAAAGACAUUAAAUCUACCCCAGACUAAAUUUGCCAAUAGAUCAAACCUACAGAGGACUGUUAAUGAAUUGAUUCCAGAAUCCUGUGAUAAAAUCUACAAAUCUCAAUUACAAGAAUUUUUAAGCAAGAUAGAGGAGUUAGGAGAUGAUUCCAACGCAAAACUGAAGCUCGUCGAAGAGAACCUGUUUGUUUUACAAGACGGACCGCCUUAUGCCAAUGGAGAUUUACACUAUGGACAUGCCCUAAACAAGAUUCUAAAGGAUAUCAUUAAUCGAUACCAGUUAUCCCAGGGUAAAUACAUCUUUUAUAAACCAGGUUGGGAUUGUCAUGGAUUACCGAUUGAAAUGAAGGCUUUAAAACAGUUCAAUCCUGAUCAAUUGGGAAAAGUAUCACCGGUAAAAAUUAGGGCAAUGGCAUCUAACCAUGCUAGAAAGGCUAUUAAAUUACAGAAGGAACAAUUUGGGAAAUUUGCCAUUAUGACAGAUUGGGAUAAACCCUAUGUGACAAUGGAGUCAGAAUACGAAAUAAACCAACUAAGGGUGUUUCUGAAAUUAGUUUCUAGAGGACUUAUAAAGAGACAGAACAAACCUGUUUAUUGGGGGACAGAAACUAGAACUGCAUUAGCAGAAGGUGAAUUGGAAUAUAACGAAAACCAUAAAUCAAAGGCAGCAUAUGUGGAAUUCCCGCUCACUAAAGACUCGUGUUCGAAAUUGUUUGAGUCUGCCAAUAUUACUCCGGUUGCAGAUGUCAGUUUGUUAAUUUGGACGACAACACCAUGGACACUUUUUUCCAAUAGGGCUAUUUGCUUCAAUGAAAAGUACGAGUACCAAUUGUUAAGGGACAACAACAACGGCGGUAAUUAUGUGGUUGUAGAAUCAAAUUUGGCAGAAAAAUUAGAAUUUUUAAUCAACUACCAAAAAGUUGCAGCUGUCUCCGGUUCUGCAUUGUCUCGUUUGCAAUACACUAAUCCCUUGUUGGGAGACCGUGUAGAACGUCCACUUUUACACGGUGACCACGUCACUAAUUCGGCAGGUACAGGUCUUGUUCAUACUGCUCCUGGACAUGGGUUUGAUGACUACAAUGUGGCACAUAAUCACAAAGUUGAAGUUGUUUCACCGGUGGACGCAGCAGGUCGGUUCAAACUAGAAGAACUACCACCACACUUACAUGAAUUGCUAACAGAACAUCAAACUGGGUUACCUCGACUAGUAUUAGAACCUUCUACCGCCAAAGUUAUCCUUGAUAUGCUUCAGAAAAUGGGAAUGCUAUGCAGUAGCCAUGAUUAUACCCAUUCGUAUCCAUAUGAUUGGAGAUCAAAAAAGCCUGUUAUCAUUAGAGCUACACCUCAGUGGUUUGCCGAUUUGCACGAUGUGAAAGGAGAUGCCAUUGAAUCAUUGGAGAAGGUGAAGUUUUAUCCAGAUCGUGGUAAUGCCAGAUUAUCGUCAUUUAUCAAGAACAGAAAUGAAUGGUGUAUAUCUAGGCAACGUUCUUGGGGGGUCCCCAUUCCUGCAUUUUACAAGAAGGAUGAUCCAGAUGUGACUUUGAUGACUGAAGAAACUGUCGCGCACGUUAUUCAAGUUAUAAGAGAAAAGGGAAUUGACGCAUGGUUUAAAUUUGAUGAUUCUAACAUGGCGGAUUGGUUACCGCCAAGAUAUAAGAACGAAGCUAAUUCGUACUACAGAGGUAAAGACACCAUGGACGUUUGGUUUGAUAGUGGUACUGCUUGGAAUGAGUUAAAAGAUUUUUAUUUGAAAGAAUUGAAGCUGAAACAGCUACCAACGUAUUUGGCAGAUGUGUAUUUGGAAGGUUCAGAUCAACACAGAGGUUGGUUUCAGAGUUCAACUUUGACUAGGGUAGCAUACUCAGGAAAACCAGUGGCUCCAUUUAAAACUCUAAUCACACACGGUUUUACGCUGGAUGAAAAUGGAAUAAAGAUGUCGAAAUCCAUUGGUAAUGUCAUCUCGCCAGAUGCAAUCAUACAAGGUGACAAAACCCGUGGACUCCCAGCUCUAGGCGUGGAUGGCUUAAGGUACCUGGUAGCACAAUCGAAUUUUACCGCAGAUGUUGCAGCUGGUCCCGUUAUUAUGAAUCAUGUCGCAGAAGCCUUGAAGAAGUUCAGGUUGGCCUUCCGAUUCCUUUUGGGUAACUUACAGAAAGCCACUUUCCAAAAAAUUUCUUACGACCAAUUGAGACCAAUUGACAAAUAUACUCUUUACAAACUGCAAGAGUUGCAAAUUACGGCCAGAACUUUUUACAAUGAAAACAAUUUUUCUAAAGUUUUGACCGCGGUUCAAUAUCAUAUGAGUAAUGACUUGUCUGCACUGUAUUUCGAUAUUUCCAAGGAUAGUCUCUACUCAGAUGCUCUUGACUCUUUCAAAAGACAACAGAUUCAAACCGUAUUGCUGCAGAUUCUGUUGAGUUAUACUGCCAUAAUAGGUCCUAUUUUGCCCACACUAGUUCAAGAAGUUUGGAAUGCUUUACCACUAAAAUGGUUAGGUGAGGAAGAGCAUCAAAAAUUGACAGUUUUCAGGACAUGGCCCCACUACGAUAUUCCUGAAUCUGCAAAGAAUUCCUUCGCGAACUGUGAACUGAGAUUGCUUGAUGAAUUUCAAAGACAAUUCGAUACAUUGGAAAAAUCUAUUACGAAACCAGUGCAAACUGUCACGAGGAUACGUUCCUCUGAAUGUCCAUUACCAUAUAAUGAGGAUGAACUAGCCGAUAUCCUGAGAACUGCAAGAGUUGAAAUUAUUAGUGGAGGUGUUCCUGAGGAGACCGAAACGGAAAUUUCAUUGCCAAAUGGUACAAAAUUGCAUAUGCUUGUUAGACCAAGCGAACUGAGUAAAUGUCCCAGAUGUUGGAAGCAUAACUCUUCACAAGAAGACACACUAUGUUCAAGAUGUAAUGAUACUAUUCAUAACAAGGCUUGA